UUCAGGACGGGCCGCCGUUAGACAGACUGUGACACGAGCGCCACAGAUAAACAACAAACCUCUUCUUGCAUGGCCGAACUGACCUUUAACAACUAACGUAAAAGUCUCAGUGUUGUCAGACAGCGAAUUGAAAUGCAGAAAGUAGCGUGGUUGGAAGAGUUAUUACUCCCCUGAUGAGUGAAAAGUUAAAUAUAAGAGUUGAGUCCGCUGAGAGAGAGGACCAAUAGUGAAAUCAUCACCUUCUUUCAAUUCUCUCACACCCUUCACUCAUCUUUCCAGUGACCUGGUGUGAUAAUUGUAUGCUGAUUGUGCGAUAACCUCCCCCCAUCACCCACCUGCACUUCCUCUUACUUCUGAUGCAUGGCCCCUCUUUAGAAAUGAAUACAUCUCGCUGUUCCUUGCAUGUUGUGCUGUGAAAGUGGCAUAAUGAGGGAAGACAGGGAUAACCCUCUGGCACUGUCGUCCAAGAAACCAUGCCAGGGCCAGAAGGACUAUGGACAGGAGCUUGAGAGGCUGCGUGCUGAUUGGGAAGCAGAGAAGAAGCAAACACUGCGGGCCCUUGGACACCUCUCUGUGGAGCUGAGGCACCUGCGGGAAGAAGCGGAGAGGGAACAGCAGAGGGCUGUGAAGGAGCUGGCGGCCAGGCGAGGGUGCCAAAAGGAUAGGCACUCUAACAGAUACCAGAGUCUGCUGGCUAAGGAGGUGAAUAUUAAAGACGGUGGAAGAUACACCAAAGUCGAGUCCACAGAUAAAGAGGCUUUUUGUCUGUGCAGUAGAGAAACUCACACAAAGCUGGAGCAGUUGCUGCUGACGCUGUAUGAGAAGAUAAAUGGUGAGCAGGCAGUCUAUAAAUUGCAUCACAGGCGGGAAUUUGAGCUAGAAAAAGCCAUCUUCCUCUGCCACCUGCUAGGGGCCCAUGGAAGACUGUUGCAGGGGAGGCAGAGAGCAGGACACCCCAGCUUAACUUUUAACAGUGUGCCAAGAAAGCCAAGUCAUGAAGACGGCAGUAAGUCCUGUCUGAAAAAGCCCUUUCUAACCUACUCCACGGCAUUGCCACAGAGAUCGCAGACUGCCUCCCACUCACCUAAGAAAACCAAACCAGAUCAAAGAGAGCAGCCUUCAGGGAGGGCCGUCUGCGCAGCUGAGCUCUCCUCCUCCGCUGCAGUCGGGGACACCUGUUGGAGAGGCUCUCUGAAUAUUUGUCACCCUCGCAACGCUCCCCAUGCGGGCUGGGACAACCAGCCCUCCUACUGCGCUGAGUCCUUUGGGUCAGACAAGUCAUCGCCCUCCAAAUGCAUAGACCGAAACAUGGAGAAUGGUACUGACUAUGGGUUCCUGGUGCGUCAGAACUCUGAACUCUUGCGAGCCCUUGAUGAGCUGGAAAAGACGUGUACCAUACUGAGGGAGGAGAAUGGCCUACUGCGGAAGAGCAGCGCCCCGGAGACUGAGGAGAAGGUCAGGCGGCUGAGGAGAAAGAACACCGAGUUGGCCGUUCUUGCUAAGAGGCUGGAAGACCGGGCUCGGAAACUGCAGGAGGCCAACCUCAGAGUGGUGAAUUCCCCGUCACUGAUGAGACCCGGGUCAGUGGAACAGUACAAGAGGGCGUUUGCCCGUCAGCGAGCUCGUGACCUUGCCCAACACGCCGAUGCACUGCUGUCUAAGGACAAAGAGAUUGCUGCCCUACAGCAAGAGUGCAGAGUGCUCGAGGCACGCCUGGGCACCACCAAGGGCUCCCCUGUUCCAUCUGGCAGUGUGGAAUUUGAGAGGCUUCUCCGGGAGUCUCAGAGGGAGGUGCUGCGGCUCCAAAGGCAGCUGUCGGUCACAUCAUCCAGACAGCAGCACAACCAUAGUCCCGACCCAAGUGACCCGGAGAAGUGUGGUGAAAUUGAGGAAGAGGAGAAGAAGAAGAAGGAGGAGGGGGAAGAGAAGGUUGUAGGAGAGACCCCGGGUGUGGUGUUAGAUGAAGCUCCAUCCAGGUGUGAGAAGACUCCCGGAGAGGAGGAGGAGUCGGGGCUGCAAGUAACGCCCCAACCGGGCCUUUGCCCGACCCCCUCCCUUCAGGAGGAUCACACAGAGGAGCAGCACCUACAGUUUCUGGAAAGUGAGUUGAGCAAGAAGAGAAAAGAAUGUGAAAACCUUGAGCAUGAAGUAAAGAAGAGACAGAAGAGAUGUCUGGAUUUGGAAAGCCAGCUUGAGGAUGAGCGAGGCAAAAAUGAGCAACUAAAGGAGGAGGCAGAUCUCCUCAGGAGGAAGGCACAGCUGCUCGACCAGACUCGGGCUGAGAAUGAGGAGCUGAGGGAAGACCUCUCUGAAGUGACUGCUCAACACAAUUCAGUUCUCGAGGAGAACCAGAGACUCCGUGCCAAACUGGAGAACCUAGAGCAGGUCCUAAAGCAUAUGCGAGAGGUCGCCGAGCGAAGGCAGCAGCUGGAAUUGGAACAUGAACAGGCACUGGCUAUCCUUAAGUUCAAACAGGAUGAAAUCAAACGGUUACAGAGGGCUCAGUUAUACGCCAAGAGGGAGCAUGAAGGAGUGGUUCAGAUGCUGGAGGAGUUGACUCAGCUUGUGUUGCGGAGGGAGCUGUCAAAAGUACGAGACCUGGAGGACAAAUGUCGCAGCCAGAGCGAACAGUUUGGCUUGCUGUCCCAAGAGUUGGAGAAGUUUCGACUGCAGGCGUCGAAGGCGGACCUGGCCAACGCUAGCCUCUUUAACAAUCCCAGCCUCUCUGUUCUGACCAAUGGGGUAGGCCUGACUACAGAGCGAGACUGCACUGGUGGCUCAUGGGAUAUGGUGUCUCUGGGUGAAAUAGCCUUCUGGAGUCUCGAGGGAGGUGACACUCUCUCCUGCCCUGAGGAUGUGGCAGCUGCACUGCGGCUUGGGGCCACCCCCCACGCUGCAGGGCUCUCCAGAGUGGAGCGAUCGCCUGUUACCAAGCAUCGAGAGCUGCCCACCAUCAGUGUCAGCAAGUCAGGAUCUUCUUCCAGCAAGUCAGAAACCACACACCUCACGCCCAAGUCUGACACCCACCUAAGUCCGCACAAAUCCAGCCCAACACACGAGGUGGACACUGCCAGUGAAGUGGAGGAGCUGGACAUUGACGUGGCCCCGGCACCUUACACAGCCAGCAGAGGAGCAGCAAAGCUUCAGGUUUUCAUUGCGAGAUACAGCUAUAAUCCAUAUGAUGGCCCCAAUGACAACCCUGAAGUGGAGCUUCCACUUACUGCUGGAGAAUACAUUUAUGUGUAUGGGGACAUGGAUGAUGACGGCUUCUAUGAAGGUGAGCUGAUGGACGGACGGAGAGGGCUGGUCCCCUCUAACUUUGUGGAACGUGUAUCGGACGACGAUGUUAUGAGCACUCAACAUCCAGAGACGGGGGACAUUUCCCAUAACUCCCUGCUAGACAGCAACCUGCACAGUGCCAGCCACCAGCAUCACCUCCACAUGGGCGUCAGCGCCUCAGAAAGGACAGAGGCCUCUGCUGCCUCUGGCCCUGCCUCAACCCACUCAGAUUCAGCGUCGGCCUUGGCUGUCCCAGCCCCCCUCACCAACGGCCUAGACUUGGAUUUGGAGGAGGUGGGAGUGGACAUUGUGCCUUACCCACGUAAGCUUACCCUCAUCAAGCAGCUUGCCAAGAGCAUCAUUAUUGGCUGGGACCCUCCGCUGGUGCCGGCUGGCUGGGGCAAUGUGUGGAGCUAUAAUGUGUAUGUGGACCAGGAGCUGCGGCUCAACGUGCCCUUCGGUGCCCAGACCAAAGCGGUUCUGGAGCGGUUGGACAUAAACCUCAAGGCCUACCGUGUGUCAGUGCAAAGCCUGACCGAGAAGGGCCCCUCAGACCAGCUGCGCUGCAGCAUGCUGGUCGGUCGGGACGUUUGUGUGGCGCCCACGCAGCUGCGUGUGGAGAGGAUCACCGCCACCUCUGCCAACCUGACCUGGCUGCCCAGCAACAGUAACUAUGUGCACAUUGUGUCCUUGAAUGAGGAGGAGUGUGAGCUGGUGAAGGCCGGCUGCUGCUCGCUGUGCCUCAAUAACCUCUUGCCCAGCCUGCAGUACACAGUCAAAGUGGAGGCACGGCCGCACCGCACGCCAUGGGAGUUACCUGUGGAGCGACGUGAGCACAGAAGCGCUACGAUCACCUUCACCACACUGAUGGCAGUUCCAUGCCCACAGUCUGGGAACUCAGGGCCCCCUGAUGCUCCUCUGGAUGUACAGCUCGAGCAUGGCCCCUCCCCGGGCAUUGCCCUCGUCAGCUGGCUGCCAGUCACUAUAGAUGCUGCCGGGACCUCUAAUGGAGUCCGUGUCACUGGAUACACUAUAUACGCUGACAAGAAAAAGGUACUGGAGGUGUCUUCCCCAACAGCUGGCAGUGCCCUGCUUGGCCCCUCUCAGAUGCAGUCCCUGUUGGCAGCUCAGGAACUCACUGUCCGCACCACAUCCGCCCACGGGGAUUCCUGCGACUCUUUGCCAGUCAAUGUGCCCUCCAAGCUGACUGCCAUCAUGGCAGGUCCAGCUAUCACUACCCAAGUUGUGCCACCUGGACCCUGCACCCCUACAGGUUGCGGUAACCUGCCCUCAACGCCAUCCUACAGGAACUCUGCUGCCAAAGUCUCCAUGCUGCCCAGCACAUCAGUGGAGGCUGAUGCCAACCCUCCUCAUGCACUCCACUCAGAAAAUCUUUUUUUAUCUGCAGCAUAUGCAAAGGCCUGGGCCAACCCCUCUUCUGCGUCUGCCUUGGCCGCGUGUGAGGCCAUAUUACCAGUAGCCUCCACCAUUACUCCAGUGGUUAAUGUGACCUCUCCUACCACCUCACCACCCCAACCAUCUCCAGUAGCAGCAACUGCACAAGCAACAGUAAUGGCGGCAGCAGCAGUGUUGGAGCAGCGCAGAGACACCAACAGCCCUGACACCAUCCGUCCUUUCCCAUCUAUGAGAGAGUUCAUCGAGGACCCCAGUGCCAAGGCAGGGAUCCCUGAGCGCAUCCCGUCCCCACCCAAAGCCCCCAUCUCAGACUUCCUUAACCCUCAGAACCUCCUCCGACCCCCCUGCACCUCCCCGCUGGAGUCAGAGGCGGAGGAUGAGCAGGAGAAUACCCGCCUGGUGUCCAUCGAGGAGUUCUUGAGACAGGACCCAGAGCCAGCAUACUGGAGGAAGCAGCAGAGUUACAGCAGAGGGCUUGUGGAGCCUCCCAGUGACUAUCACGCAGACAACAGCCGUUCAGAUCUUUCUGACAUCCUGGAGGAGGAGGAGGAGGAACUUUACUCUGACCAUCUCGGCGAAGCACAGGCCAGGGGCUACACAGUCAGAGCUAACAGGUCACGGAAACCCCCAGGCAGUGACGAGGAGGUAUUUCAGAGGAUCCCUAAAUAUCAUCCUCACAUCCAACAACACAAGCAGCUGUUCGGCAUUCCUGAGAUGACAGAAGAGGAAGCUAGCCGUCAAGACGAGCCUUUAACCCACCACAGUCAGCCUCGGCCCAGGCCCAGCCACCAUUACCCAAGAGCCUCAAAACACCUCCACCAUGACCCCCAGCAUCACCAUAACCCACACUCAACUGUUCCCCCUCACCAUCACCACUUCAACAGGGAUGUUGGAUCUCUACCCAAAGAGCCUUUUCCCCGGCAUGGACCCAUGCAGGUCAGGCCUAAGACGCAGCACAGGGUGCGCUACGCAGACACAGUUGAUACCAUGAGUUAUCCUGAAGAAGACGACAUGAGUUUAUACGAGGGUCCCUCCAGCAGGCGGGUCUCAGCCCGCUGUCCUCCCCAGAUGAGCCCCUACAGCAAAGAUAGAUCACUGCUCAGAGGGCUAGGGGACCGCCUUAGAAGGGAGGCCAUGCUUAGGAGUCAGAUGGCUGCUGCCACGGCCGCCAACCCCGGCCAUGGUCUUAUCCCACCAAGACCCUACCCAGUCAGCCAAACAGGACCUACUUUGAGGUCACCUAUUGGUCGCGAGGUAGAGAUUGACGUGGAGUAUGGCACAGAUAACGAGGAGCCUGUGGAGUACGGUCCGGCGGAAGCAGAGGCGGAGCAGAUGAGCUCUGAGUGGUGGGUGGAGGGGGCUCAAACGGAGCACAGCAGACCUCCUCUCCGCCGAGGCCUGAAGGCUGAUCCGCCGGUAAACGUUGCUGCAGGCCAGGAGCCCAGCCAAGUCCCUCCCACUGAGGCAGGUCCAGCGUGGGGGGCCCAGGGUGAGCUCUCUUCUAAACCAGCAUGCUCGCAGGCCAGGCAACCCAAAGGUACUGUUGAUUCACCAAAGACCAAAGGAAACAGUGACAUACGUAUCUUUGUGGCCCUCUUCCCUUAUGAUCCUGCCACUAUGUCGCCCAAUCCGGACGCUGCUGAGGAAGAGCUGCCCUUCACUGAAGGACAGAUCAUCAAAGUUUACGGAGAUAAAGACGCAGACGGGUUCUACCGAGGCGAGUCUGCCGGGCGCCUAGGCUAUGUUCCAUGUAACAUGGUGUCUGAGAUCCAGGUGGAGGAUGAGGAGACCCGGCAGCAGCUACUGCAGCAGGGCUUCUUGUCCACAGCGUCCUCCAUGGAGAAGAUAGGCACUCGCACACACGCACAGCUUCCACGUCGCCCUGUUCCACCGCCGAAACCGAGACGAUCCAAGAAAGUGGAGUCUGUGACACUCUGGGAGGAGAGCGUAGACUCCACUAGCCAAGACCCCAGCCAGACUGCCCCUGCUGCCCCUGCUGCCCCUGUUGCUGCUGCUGCGGCAGCUGUGGGAGACCCAGCACCAGGAGCCCGCAGAAUGGUCGCCAUCUUUGAUUAUGAUCCACGAGAGAGCUCCCCCAACACUGACAUAGAGGCUGAGCUGACCUUCAGUGCAGGAGACAUCAUACAUGUGUUUGGUGACAUGGACGAAGAUGGCUUCUUCUACGGAGACUUGAAUGGACACAGCGGCUUGGUGCCCUCCAACUUCCUGCAGGCCGUUCCAGAGGACGCCCCCUCUGCUCAGUCAGCCCCAGAAGCCAAGAAAGAAUCCCAGGGUAACUGGACGUCUUCUACAGAGCAGCAGCAACAUCAACAACCUAGGCCCUCAACCCUAGAAGAGGCUUUGCAGCCCCAAACAGAACCUCCUGUCCCUGACCCAACAGAGCCCACAGACCUGCGACCCAAACUGACACCCGCUGCGAGCCUCACGUCAGACCUGGAACCUGCUCCAGGUCCAGGUCCAGCAGCAGUGGAGGCCUGCUGCUCUCCUCCAGCCCCCCUUCCAGCAGACAGCCCGACACAGACGGACUGCUCUGCACAAGGCAAGAAGAAGAAAGGCUUUUUCUCCAAAGGCAAGAGGCUGUUCAAAAAGCUGGGAUCCAGCAAGAAAGAAUGAGUCAGGACCUCUGACUCGGAAUACUCGCAUCACAUUGAGGCACUUUUUUCACUGUUAGUCUCAGUCGGUGCGGUUAGUGGCUAUCAGAUCUAAUAACCGAUGCUUUAACCGUCACUAAUUAUACAAUUGCCUUAGAGCACUGCUAGCUGCUGUUAAAUUUAGAGUACAUCAACACACCGCUUACAGCAUUGUGCGAGCAUGCAGAAGUGCAUGUUGAAGUGUGCAAGCACACAAAUAUAUUCUCUAAACACUACCUAACUAGCUAAGCAUUUGUAAAUGUUCAAGUCAAUAGAGGCGUUAACGCUUGAUAUACAACACUAAGAUCUAUCAAUCUGAUACAGAACAGCAGACUAGACUUCAGCCCAGCUCAGACACAGCUAAUUAAAUAUUAGCUUUAAUGUUCAUGCCACUUUAUUUAUUUGAAGCGAACAAACAGAAGCAGCAGUCUAUCUCUUCCUCUGUGUCACUAUAAAGAAUGCACUAUCCAUCCUGAACGGAUGUAUUUUAAAUAACUCUCCGCUUGUCCCUCACGUGAUCCUCGUCUUUAAGAAAAUGUAUACAGUACUUUGUACAGAACAUGUUAUUUAUUUGUAUUACUCUUGCCCUAACCAUCAGCACAUUGCAUGAAGUGACAUCUGGGCAGGAGGUUAGUCAUCUAGAGCUGUGGGAGACAGCCGUGAUCCACCUUGAUACGUGUAAUUUAGAUCAAAUUAGUUAUGGGGAUUGAGGUUAACAGUCUAGACCAGGGGUCUUCAACAGGGGGUCCGCGACCCCUAGGGGGUCCGCGGAGGUACUGCAUGGGGGUCGCGAAAGUUUUGGUUGAUUAGACUUUUUUUAAAUAUUCCCCCCCCCUGCAAUUUUUUCCACUAAUUGAAAUGUCUUUAAAUACACAUUAACAUGAACUCAACACACUGUAGUAAACAGAUAAAUGGAGGCUUUCAGUCAUCAACGCACACAUGGCACCAUAGGACCAGUUUGAUAUAACACAAUUUUAUACAAUAUAUAUAAUAAGGGGGUCCCCGCUCCAUCUCGCCAUCAGUUUGGGGGUCCUUGGCCUGGAAAACGUUGAAGACCCCUGGUCUAGACUAUUUGUUGAAGGUUAAUAAUAUGGUCUUCUUUGGUGUGUGCAUGUGUGUGUAGAUGAAGCUGCCCAGUCCACUGGUGAGACUGAAAACAGAUGCCUUUCUCAGACAUUAACUCAGACCUAAAGGUUGCAUACUACUUAAUGUACUUAAUGUUUGUGUGAGUAUGAGAGAGUUGUGAACAAAGGAUGUAGUAUCUGGUGAUAAACAGGCUGCUCUUUUUUUUUUCUUUUAGCUAAUAUGGCUGCAACUUAUAUUAUUAAAUCAUUAUCCAUUAACUGUUUGGCCGGUACAACAUAAAAAAUAUAUAGUAAUAAAAAGAAUAUAGUUUCCUAAAGCCUAAGGUAAGGUCAUAAAAUGUCUUGGUUCUUCCCACUAGCUGUUCAAAACUCAAAGAUAUUAAAUUUAAUAUAAUGUAAGACUGGGAAAAAAAGCUUAUUCUCCCAUUUGAGAUCCUAAAAUCCAUCAACCAUUUGAUGUUUUUGCUUAAAUGAUUAAUUGGUUUUUGACAUUAGUUGCUUAUCAAUUUUCUCUUGAUUGACUAAUACAUAUGUUAUUAAAGUCAAAUUCAAGACUAAUGCGUCUGAUGGGACAUUCUGAGCCUUAAUACUGUCAAGGAAAUAAAGAAAAUCUAUUGGCAACUUGAAGUUAUUAAAAUAAAUAGAAAUUUUGGAAAUAGAAAGAAAUAUGGGUUUUAGGGGGUGUAAACAUGAAGUAUAAUGUUGCCAUGGAGUCAGUGAGUUAACCAUGGGCUACAACAUUAGCCCUCAUUUUUAGCCUACAUUUAUUUCCAUUUUUGGCAAAUUGGCACCAUUAAAAGUAUGUUGAAUUAUCUAUUAGCACUUCCUGUUUGCAGUGUACACUCCUCAUGAAUGAAGACAACUGUCACAGGACUACUUUGAUAAGGAAGUAAACUUAAAUACGUGAUGAUGCUCGGGCAAAUUCUGGACUUCAUUUUUCUAUAAUUUCCACAUGAACAGUUUGAAACCCUCUGGACUAAUUGAUUGUUCAACCAGUUGUUAUCUAAUCUACAGCCAAUAUUCUAGUUUAAUUUAAUAUUCAGAUUGGUGUGAAGCAGGGUCCUCAGUGCUGGAUACAUUGAUAGCCUACAGUAUAUAAUAAAAACUCAUUUGGAUUUUUUUGUGAUUUGACCGUAGCACAUAGGAACAACAGUUGCUAGAAUUGUGUUAAAGGUGUCAUUCGUGGCACUGGGGGGAGGGGGGGGGAGGGGGUUGUGGCACUGCUGUACUGUGCUAGACUUUGCAAUACGUUUUUCAUGUAUCUUUUCAUUUGCCUCCAUGUUUGAGUUUACUGAACUUGUGGUUAGUGAAUAUUGGGUCAGACAGGCUAAACAGUGUCUAUCAGCCCAUGCAGUGUAGCGCUGAUUAGUUUUUUGUAUCCACAUACUUGCAUCAACUGUAGACUGGUUGAAACUAAUGGUUUGUGAUAGCUUUACUUACAUUAAGAUGUACUACAAGUAUUCAGUUUUGGUGGGAGUGUGUGGACCAGGCCUUAGUAUUGAGCUUAUCAGUCACUAUAACACAUUCAGUGAUCUGUCAAUCUGUCUGAUUGGAUCUUUGAUCUGCGCAACACAGGGCGGUUGGGUAACUUCUCAGGUUUAUCUUGUAGUUUCUUACUAAUGCUGAGCCACCUGUUGGCUCUGGCUGUCAAAAACUGCAGAACAUGCCAAAAUCUUAGGUGCUUUGUCUGUUACCAUAGAUCCGAGAGACCAAGCAUCGGGCUGCAUGGGGGAUAUUCAGCGGGCUAGUCUGGGCUGAAGCGUGGAGGCUUGUUUUGAACAUCACACCUGAUCUCACUCACGGUGUUGAUGGAGUCACACCUGAUGACACAAGUUGGAGGCAAUUUUUUCUUUCUUUCUUUAAUGUCAUGAAUGUUUUGAAUCGUUUGUCCGUGUUACAUAAAGUGAGCAUGACGAUGCCAAGAAUGAAAGGGAGGGCGGAGCGACAAAGACACUUUAGACGUGUAAUAGCCGGGAUAGAGGCAUGACCGAGGCUGUACUGUAUAUUUUAUUUAUUUGUUGUUUUCUAAAAGGGGGUUGGAUGCUCAAAAGUUGCCGAAAUGUACAGCAAAUAUUUGUACUGAUCUUGUAUUUGACGGCCUUUAAUGCACAAGUAUUCCUCUACCUGCUGUGUAGUGAGUAGACGGCUCUGCUGUUGACUGAAUAGGACCCUAGGCCCAAUAGGUAGUAUUUAAGCUCAGUUGAUCAUAUUUAGCCUUACAAGAAGACCUUGUUUAGUCUUAAUAUGUUGUUUACAGGAUGUUUAAUGACUGCAUGCAUACCAAUGUUAUACCCAUGUUCGGCCUUAUUUAUGUUACUGUCAUAUUUAUGUUUUUAUAGGCGGAUUUGUCUACAAUAUUUGAAUUGUAGAUUAUCCAAUGCAGUGGAAAAAAAGCUGUAGCAGCUGUGUGUAUAUAAUGAACAUUGUUGGGACUGUGGUAUAUUUUCAUACAGCGCAGGAAACUAUUUUCUUUUUCUUUUUUUUGUCUUCCCUGACCUGCAUUCAUUGUUUGACAAGUGUAAGAUUUACCUUUUUUUAUAUAUAUAUAUAUAUAUAUAAAUAUAUAUAUUAAUGUUUUUAUUACCCUUUUGGAAGCUCGUCUGUAAAUAUGUUUUGUUAAUAAUGUUUUUCAGAUUAUUUUGGGGAUUUUUGUUUGCAUGUCCGGGCAUUGUCGAUGGAGCAACAGUAAGUGAAGAUGUAGUACGCAGAGGACUCGUUGACUUUAAAUUGUGAUGGUUUGUUUCAAUAUGGAUCUUUUUACAGGAAUAAAGAAUGUAUAUUUUCACAGAAAA